AUGGCCAGCAUCAAGUCCAACUGUCGCAAGGUUAUUUGCAUCGGCCGGAACUAUGCUGACCACAUUACUGAACUGUCUUCCGCCCGUCCAGCGCAGCCCUUCUUCUUCCUAAAGCCUCCCUCUUCGAUCCUGCUGCCGAAGCAGGGCCCGAUCGUCCGGCCUAAAGGCGUGACUGUGCACCAUGAAGUCGAGCUCGGCCUGGUGAUUGGCGAGACUCUCAAGCCGCUGAAGAACCUGCAAGAGUCCGAUCCCAAGAUCCUCGAUCACAUCCGAUCUUACUUCUUGGGAAUCGACCUGACGGCGCGGAAUGUGCAAGACGAGGCAAAGAAGAAGGGUCUACCUUGGAGUAUAGCCAAGGGCUUUGAUACAUUCCUGCCCAUCAGUCAUGAAAUUCCUCUGGACCGCCUGCCGGAUCCCCACAACGUCCUGCUGUGGCUGAGCGUCAAUGGGCAGGUCAAACAGAGAGACAGCACGAACCUGAUGUUGUUUAGGAUACCCAGGAUCCUGAGUGAUAUCAGCAAAGUCAUGGCUCUGGAAGAGGGAGACAUCAUCCUGACAGGCACACCGAAGGGCGUUGGACCGCUCAAGGGCGGAGAUCUCGUCCAGUGCGGUCUAGAGGCCGAUGGUAGAGAAGUGGUUGAAGCAAAGAUUGAAGUGGAAGUCGUGGAUGACCAGACGGAAGGCGGGUAUGAAUUCAAAGAGACAUGA